UGGCACUGAAAUGAGAAUGGUUUUCCUUAUUUAUUUUGCCAUUUAUUGCCGCUGCAUUGGAUAAGUGAGAUUAAGUGAUCAAACGAGAUAAAGAAAGAUCUCCAUCUAAGCAUACAACAACACGCGCACGCUCCAGCUUCUUGUUGUUAUGGUAUAUAAAGAGCCGGUGGUUGAACUUUCCCAAUUUAUAUUGCUCCUCAUCGCGUUCAAAAAGAAUAUUCUGACCAACAUGAGAAACUUCAGUGCUUCAGUGGCCCUGUGCCUUUUGGUGGUUGUCUGCAUCUCGCAGGCCCACCGACUGCCCAUUUUCAAACCUCCGCCAUUUUUGCAAGACAAAGUCGACGAGCUGAAAGACGCCGCCGAAAACUUGCAUGACAAACUCGAGGAUCAACUGAACCACAUCAGGGACCAUCUUAACGACCUCAUCAAUGGUGGCCGUGACGAAACUCUUCCACCUAUUGAGACAACCUCCCUGCCCAUCAUCACAACCAAGGCCCCAGCUGAAGAGGAGAGCGAUGAGUCAAAUGAGAGUGGCAGCAAAUCAAAGGAAUCGAAUGAAAGCAAGAAGUCCAAGGAAUCAAAUGAAAGCAAAAAGUCCAAGGAAUCCGGUGGAAAAUCAAAGUAGAUCAGAAUUUCCAAAAGGAUGACACAGGUGUAUAACUUGGGAUGGUAACGACACUUCUUUUAUAUAUCAAAUUAAUGAACAGUAUAGAAUUAUUUCAAAGGUGUUUAGCCACAACUGAAAAAAUAUACUGUAAUGCAUAAUGAUAUAAUUUUUUAUCUUAAUAAACACAAUUUGCAACUAAAAAUAAAUAUUACACAA